AUGGUCAAUUUCGACUUCGGCCUCCAAGGCGAACAGGAACCGUCGCUGGCGGAUGUCCAUGCUCAGCAAGACCGCAGGCCCUCUGCCACUGAAGCCAUCGCUGCGGAUCGCCGGCGGAAGAGCGUCAGUGAUAGGGCGGUGACUGGUGCUUCUCAAAUCACGACGAGGCAGUCAAUCGUUCCCGUGACUUUGGUCACUACUCUGUUCUUCUUAUGGGGAUUUGCGUAUGGUUUGCUAGAUGUCUUGAACUCUAGAUUCCAGGUCGCUCUAAAUAUUACACAGGGCCAAUCCUCUGGUUUGCAAGGAGCAUAUUUCGGUGCUUACUUCGUCGGCCCCCUGACCUACUCUGGUUGGUUUGUUCGUCGCUUUGGAUACCGAUAUACCUUCAUGCUGGGCCUCAGCAUUUACUGUGUCGGCGCACUGAUGUUCUGGCCCUCAGCCGUCAAGCGCUCUUUUGGCGGGUUCUGCGGCUCCAUGUUCAUCGUCGGCUCCGGUCUGUCCACUCUCGAGACAUCAGCAAACCCAUACAUCGCCGUGUGCGGCCCGCCUCGUUGGUCCGAGUUCCGUCUCGAGCUAUCCCAGUCCUUCCAAGCCGUAGGUUCCGUCAUCGCGCCCGUGCUAGCCUCCCAGGUCAUCUUCAAGAAUGUGGGCUCGGACGGCAAGUCGCUGGAAUCCGUGCAAUGGGUAUAUUUAGGCAUCGCGGGAUUCGUGGCAUUGCUAGCCGUGGUCUUCUACUUCGCUCCCAUCCCUGAGAUUACGGACGCAGAUAUGGCGGACCAGGCUGAGAUGACGACGUCCAGCACCGGUUUCGAGGACAAGCCGCUCCGCAAGCAGUACACGUUGUUCUGGGGCGUGGCGGCGCAGUUCUCGUAUGUCGGCGCCCAGGUCGGCAUCGCGGGCUACUUCAUCAACUACUACACGCACGCGCGCCCGGACGAGCCUACCAUCAAAGCUCAACACCAGGGCGCCAAUUUCUACGCCAUUGCGCAGGCGCUGUUUGCCGUGGGCCGGUUUGCGGCCGCUGGGCUCAUGAUGGUCACGAAGCCACGUUUGAUCUUGCUCGCGUUUCAGACGCUCAUCAUGGUGUUCAUCUCGCUGGCUAUUGGCAUAGACACCGGCCAUGGCACCGAGGCGAAUUGGGGCGGCCUGUCCAUGCUCAUGAUAGUGCUGUUCUUCGAGUCGUGCAUCUUCCCGACCAUCUUCACCUUGUCGCUGCGCGGGCUGGGCAGACACACCAAGCGCGGCGCCUCGUAUCUCGUGGCCUCGGUCUGCGGCGGCGCCGUCGUGCCCGCCAUCCUGGGCAAUGUCGCCGACAAGAUCGGCACGCGCAAGGCCAUGGUUGUGCCGUUGGCCUUCUUCAUCAUCGCGUGGAGCUUCCCGAUCUAUUUGAAUUUGUUCAAGGCCAAGGAACUCGACGCGUACAGGGAGUCUAAGGUCGGCUUGUCUGAGGGUGAGGUCGAUCCUGAUUCGAGGGUUGCACGGGAGAAGGGCGAUGUUGAGGCUCAUCAGGUUGAGAUUGUUAGGACGACGUCGGGGAAGAGUAAGUGAGUGAGUGGUAUGGUUCGAGUUCUGUGGGAAAGUUUGGUUUUUAGUACGUGUUUGAGCGUGCGUUUUAUGUGUUUGUACGACUAGGCG